GGACGACGGGUGUAAACGACGCUCUCAAUAGAAAAUUCAAUAAAUAUCAAUAAUGAAAUGGUAAAUUAGACUUUGCACUAUAAAUUAUGUGGUGAUUAUCGCCGUUUUCGCAAUUAAAAUGUGUCAUAAAGAAAUAAGCUGAUGGAUGAGACUCGAUUGACUGGCCUGUAUAAUGGAGACGGAAUCUGUAAGAUCAGAAUUGAGCAGCCGCUCUAGGCGGAGUUCAAGACAUAGGCAGCAUACACAUAGAAGCACAAGAAGUUCCAAGUCACAAAGAAAAGACUGUAUAGAUAGUAGUAUGGCACCUUUCCAAACCAGUGUAAAUAUAAACCCUGAAAUUGGCCGGGAUGGUCAAGAAGUAAUAGAAGUUCAGAUACUGCCCCAAGAUGAGAAUUGGGGGGAAACCACUACAGCAGUAACUGGCAAUACAUCUGAAGGGUCAGGGUCAAUGGAGGAUGUUAGCAAUUGGCCUAUGGAAUCAGAUAAUGGACUUGGAUUUGUCUGCUCUAGAUAUUUUACCGCUACAGUGGGGUUAGGGCUUUCAUUUGUUUCUUUUGUAAGCCCAUUAGCUAUGGUAGUGUUGCCAAAAAUAGGAUUUUUUCCUGGAUUAUCAGACAAUAUUGCUAUUCAGCCAAGUCAAAGAAUACAGUUAUUAUCAUGUACUGGGGAAUGUAAAGGAAUUCUUCUUUCUAUAGCAUUUAAAUUAGUUUUGUUAGCGAUUGGGGUGUGGGCAGUGUUUUUACGUCCGCGAAAUGCAGUAUUACCAAGAAUAUUUGUGUUUAGAGCUAUGAUGUUUGUUAUAUUAUCUGUGUGCACAUUUUCCUACUGGUUAUUCUAUAUUGUUCAAAUCACAGAGGCAACAAAGGCACUAGCUGUAGGUGAGGAAGCUGUUGACUACAAAUCACUUGUGUCAUAUGUAUCUAGUUUUGCUGAUACACUGCUUUUUAUACAUUAUACAGCUGUAGUUUUAAUGGAGAUUAGACACCUAGAACCAGUGUAUUAUAUAAAGAUAGUAAGAAGUCCUGACGGUGAAAGUAGGUCCUAUUCAAUUGGACAGUUAAGUAUUCAAAGAGCCGCAGUAUGGGUAUUACAGAAAUAUUACACAGAGUUCCCGAUUUAUAACCCUUAUUUAGAGAAAAUACCAAUAUCAAAGUCGCAGAGAAAAGCAGCUUCAAGUAUUAAGUUUUAUGAAGUAGAUUCAACUACUAAUGCAUCUACUGGACAACCAAGAAGUGGGGCAGGCUCUUGUACUGGUAGUGCUGGACGUCGUAGAGAUUCGGGUUCUGCCCACAACGAGCGCUAUUAUGAAGAGGCAGAAAGAGAAAGAAGAGUGCGCAAGAGACGUGCUCGCUUGCACACUGCAGCUGAAGAUGCCUUUGCCCAUGUGAGAAGGGUGCGGUUGUCGGCUAAUGGUGGGGCUUUAGGACCCCGUGAAGCAGCGCAGGCUGUGUUCCCAUCUCUUGCUCGUGCGCUGCAAAAGUACCUCCGAGCUACAAGACAACAACCGAGACAUUCAGCUGACUCAGUACUAGCCCACCUCGCUCGUUGUUUAUCUCAAGACGCAUCUCCGCGUGCGUUUCUCGAACCAUUUUUAGUUGAAGGACCGGUUUUGGCCGCGGAACAGGAAGCACGCACAAUGCAGCGCUGGUCGCUGAUUUCUGACGAACUGUUGGCCCGUCCUUUAGCUGAUAACAUCGAAUUUCAGCUUCGUCAAGGCGAUAUUUCUCUCAUUUGUUCCAUAAAACAGAUGCCCAAAUUUAAUUUGAGCGAGGAAGUGGUCGAUCCGAAGAGCAACCGGUUUGUAUUAAGGCUGAAUAGCGAGACGUCCGUUUGACAGGAGGAGAUUUGCGUUAGAGAUGACAUGAGACUUGUAUGACAGUGAUGACGUAACUUAUUGAUGACGUCAUUUUUCCUUAAUGCGAACUAUAUUUUAUGGUAAAAUGAAUAUAUUCCCAGAAGUAUUGAAUAAACACACUAUUUAAGAUUAAAAUAGGUUUAGACAGGACAAGAUUGUAACAGGAUAUACCGAACCCUUGUAUUUGUAGUUCGGUGUUGCCAGUUCGUUUUAGAAUAUAAUUUAUUUUUAUUAAUUCUUGUAUUUUUUAAUAUCAAAUGUAACGAUAAUUUUUUAAUACUCAUAAAACAAUUGAAAAUAUUAUGAAUCUCAGUGAGUGCAAAUUGCGAUAUAUUCUUUUGUAUAAUUUAUGUUUUAUUGCCAUUCUUAAGACUUAUGGAUAGCAAUUAUACUCAAUGUAUAUUUUGUGUCAUAUUUUAGUUAUAGACCUUAGACUUCAAGAACAAAUUUAGGAAAAGAGAAUAGACUUAAUUUACGUAGUUAGUAUAUAAUAAAACUACCUUAUUCGUAAAUAUAUCAAUCAAAUUGCACUCUUUAGACUAAAAUGCUCUUUCGUCUAUUUCUGGCAUAUUGUUUUUAAGCUGUGUUGAAAAGAGACAGAUGAGUAUCGUUAAAUUUGUGCAAUUAGACGCUUUACUUUUUAUGAAUAAGAUAGCCUAUAAGCGUAACUUCAUAUCUUUAUAAACACUUGGACAUAGAGAAUAGACUAAGUUAUAUUAAUGAUUAGAUAUUAAUUGAAA